UUCCUAUAAAUCAUCCUGAUUUCGCUCAAUCGUACAACAACAUUGGUAUUGUGUAUUAUAACAUAGGAGAGUACUCGAAAGCACUUUCGUUUCAUGAAAAAGCACUUGGAAUUCAAGAAACAACUCUUCCUAAAAAUCAUCCUUCGUUGGCUAUUUCCUACAACAACACUGGUAAGGUGUAUAAGAACAUGGGAGAGUACUCGAAAGCACUUUCAUUCUACGAAAAAGUACUUGGCAUUCAAGGAAAAACCCUACCUGCAAGUCAUCCUGAUUUGGCCGAAUCGUACAACAAUCUCGGUAGUCUGUACCAUAACAUGGAAGAAUAUUCGAAAGCACUCUCAUAUUUUCAACGUGCUCUUGACAUUCGCAAUGUUUCAUUACCACCAAAUCAUCCGCAUCUUAAAACUACAAAAGAGUGGAUUGAAAUUGUAAAACAGAAAUUAUAA